AAAUAACUAUCCUUUGAUAAUAUAUACAUGCACAUUGUCAUGUAAACCAAAUCAUGUCACUUUUUGUGCUUAUGUUCAUUGUUUAUAUUGUUUUAAAUUUGCAGCAAUCUCUAAACCACAUGAGUAAAUCCCACUUCUCCAUCCAAUCAUAUCCAUUUUCAUUGACAGCUUUCUCCAGCAUCAUUACAUAAGUUUCAUUCAAGAUCAUCAUAUCUUCAUCAUAUCUUCAUCAUCCAUAAGAAUAAGAUUCAUUAAUUAGUGUUUAAGGUAUGGAAGAAGCUGGAGAUCUUUUGGAAGAUAGUUGGUUCUUUGGAAACUUGCUUCACUCUAAAACAAGAACUAUCUCUAGAUCUUAUUCUGAUCUUUCUUUUAAAUCUUCUUCUCCCUUGAGUUCAACUCAAGAAAACGCCAAGCGAAAAAACUCGAGCAUUUCUUCAAGAAAGCAACCACCCGUCGCUCCUCCAAGUCUAACGCGAACGCCAUCAUUGCCAUAUUCGCUAGAAACACAAUCUUUUCUAGCGAAAAAGCCUGACCCGAGUCCUCAUUCAAUGUCUUCUCUAGUUGGAAAUGAUAAAAAGGAUGUCUUUAUCAAGAAUGAUCCAAAAAGCUCAAGCCUUUCUUCAAGAAAGCAACUGCCCGUUGCUCCUUCAAGUCUAAACCGAACGCCAUCUUUGUCAAAUUCAAAAGAAACACAAUCUUUUCAAGCGAAAAAGCCCAACCCGCAUUUGACCCGAACACCAUCCAUUUCAACUUCUUCAGGGGGGAGUGAUCAUGAAGACGAGGAAGAUCACGAAAUUGAGUUUACUUUAGGGAGAUUGAUAAGGCAGGCAUCCAUGAACUCUUCACAUACAUCGAAUCCACCUCGACAAACAUCUAAGGCAAUGAUAGAAAACACGCGAAAGAAACCCGAAAUGGAUCAAGAAAGGUUUAUUGAAGUGAGAAAGAUGGAGAGAAACAGAAGCCAAAGCAGAAAGAAUAAUGGGAAGAAUGGUGCCCCUGCAAUACCAGGAGGAUGGGUUGAUAAGAGUUCAUCAGAAGACAUGAAGGCCCAUAUCAAGUUUUGGGCCAGAGCUGUAGCUUCUAACGUGCGCCAAGAGUGUUCAUGAUAGUAAGUUUGUCUGAAUGGGAAUAAGUAUCCGGUUAAUAAGAGUAUAAAACAUCUGGAUCAUGACAGAAAUAACAUGCUAAAAGCUUUGUUUAGAUUCAUUGUAUAUCUAAUUCUUGCAUACAUUUUGUCCCUUCUGUAAUUUAUAAAUGUUUGAAUGAAUUGCAAAGUUGGUCCCUGGACUAUUGUAAAA